AUGAGCUCCAAGGACAAUCUCGCAUUGGACCUAGAGCAAGGCGUUCGACGCUGGGACCGAGCGAGGUGGAUCAGCGUCUUCAGCUCGCAUAAUCCGACUAUACGCGAGGUGACUGAAUGCCUAGGCCUGGGCUUAUCCGCCUCGAGUUCGACCACGAACCGCGGCAUCCCCAAAUUCGACAAUCCAGAUUAUCGCAAGUUGUCGAGCGAGGUGACCAAGCUCAGCAAAGAGUUGCCAAAGGAAAGAGAUGCCUUGCUCGAUUUUGCAGCGGACCCACUAUCGCUCGACAGGGAACUCGAGGAGCUGCUGGAGUCGUAUGGACCCGCCAUCUGGAGCAAGGGUGCUGACCGCAGCUGUCUUCUCACGCCCGACAGGAGCAAGAAGACGUAUACUCAAGAUCUCUUCUAUGAGAUUCCUGAACACAAGGAAAUCCUCAAGAUACAUCUCCACAGGUGGAUCAUCAUCAAGGCGUGUUACUACAUUCGAAACAUGAAAUUGAAGAGACCGUCGAAUGCAAAUGACUACGACUCGCUUGCCGACUUUGAUGGCGAAGGCAAUUCAUCACAUGGAACGCCGCAAUCAUUGACUCCUCCAGAGCGCGGCGCAUCUAUGGGCGCUGAUUUCUCUGUAAAACCUGUCAACCUUAAAAAACGCAAGAGCUCAGCUCACAUGUCAAUGUCAGAUGGCGAGGAUGUAUCUCCUGCCAAACGCCCCUACAGCACCAUGCCUAGCAGUAGAAAAAGCAGCCCGAGAAUGUCUCUGAAGUCACUAUAUCCUGCUGGACUGGGAAGUAGGGAGAAUAUGCCGCCCUUCCCACCUCGUGUUCAUCAUCUCUCGCCCCCACCCGCUUCCGGAUCUGAAGCUGGCCGAGUCCAGUUGAGUCCGCUCACUAGUAGUGAGCUCAACGGCGCGGUGAGGCAAGUAGUGCUAUCACAGAGUGCUAAGCAUGCUAGCUUCACAGCUGUGAACAGCACAGGAUUUACUGCUGUCAAUACUUCACCACCCCUACGAGAAGCACGUCAGGAGGCUCCAGGUGCUGCUUCCAAGGAGCCACAGCAGGUCUCACCUGUCCGCAGGCAUAGGCAUACAAAUAGCUAUACCAGCCCGUACGAUCCGGCACCGCCUAAUUCUACUGUAGCUCCAAAUUCUUCGGAAUCCAGGUCCGUCCCACCAAUGAACACGGCUCCUCCUACUACUCAGGAACCACAGACGACAUUGUCUGGCCAAGCCUCAAGCUCGACGAAUGGUACAAGCAGCCGAGAGUCUCCAAAGUUGCAACAUGCUCAGCUUGCGUAUAUUGCACCUCAAUCACAGCCUCCCCAACCCCUUCCAAGUCAGCAUCAACUUCGUUCCAACAGCCAACCGCAUUAUUCUCCAUUUGGUGGUCGUGCUUCAGUACUACCGCAACCACCUAUUCAGUCGCAAUCGCAGCUUCCAGCUCGCCCACUUAGUCGAACUGAUACCCCCGGCCACACGGGUGGCCGGGCUCUUGCUGCACAUCCUCCCAGAAGAUCUAGCACUCCACUUGCGCAGGCCGCAAAUCAUCAGUCAUCUACAGCGCCUAACACCCAGGCACCGCCUGCACCUCCCAAUGUUCAAAGCGCUGCACAGUAUGGCGUCCAGCUUGUUCCAACACGGCGUUCCCCAACACCCCCAAAGGACCAAGAAGCCCGACCAGUACAAGCCCCGCACAUUCUACCUCACCAUCAACACCAUCACCAGCCCAUGCUCAAGAGCCAAGCUCCAGAACACGCGCAAAUCCCACAGCCCUCCCAGCUCGUCCACAGACCCAUGAUUGCCACCCACGACAUCCGCCUCUUGCAAUACGAAGUCACCGCCGGCCUCUUCACCUUCUUCUACCCCCGCACCACCGCACCCCCCGACGAGCCCUCCCUCCUCCAACGCCUGCACACACUCUGGUACCACGGCGAAUCCAUCUUCCGCACCGAACUCGGCCCCCACUUCGACCUCGUCUCCAAAGUCCUGACCGCCUGGCUACUCGAACGCCAAGCCAUCACCGCCCUACGCCACUCUCUCGCCUCCCAACCCGGCGUCUCGCACGCUGGCCUCGUCGACCGCCUGCUCGCCAUGAACGACCUGCGGGUCAUGCGGCUCAAAUGGAAAAACAUGAGCACCAUCGAUGGCCUGAGUCCCGAGGACUUGCUCUGCCAGGCUUUUCGCGUCAUGACGAAUACAGAGGGCUCCGAGUAUCUGUUCAAGGACGGGUUGGACCGGCUGAAUAGCGGGGUGUUUGAUUUUUUGAGGAGUGAAGAUGCGAAGAUUACUAUGCAAAGGCGGUAG